AUGUCUGUUAUACGCACGUUGAUGCCUACGAAAUACCUUCAGACAUCCGGUAAAGCGGCAUUGGAAGGAAAAAACAAGGUUGUGUUGAUUGUAGGGGCUUCGAGAGGUAUCGGGUUCAAUGUUUUAAAACAAUAUGCAAAUGAUCCGGACACCGUUAUCAUCGCCGCUUCUAAGUCAAUUGAAUCGAUUCGAAAAGCUGUCAUUGACCUAGGCGAUACUCCUGCCAUUAUUCAGUGUGCGGAGAUUGAUCUGACAGCUUCCAAAAAGCAGCUUGUGGACAGUAUAAAAUCCCUCGACAAACAAUAUGGGCCCAUUACACAUCUGUACGAAGUCAGUGGCAUAUCUAACCACCUCAAGGACUCUAGCGCGUGGGGACUGGAUGUCACUUCAGAGAUGAUCAAUGUGAACGUUUCUGGAACUGUUACCUCUGUCCUCACCAUGUACGAGCUCAUGAAAUCUCGCGGAUACGGCAAGAUUUGUGUGGUCGGUUCUGUGGCAGGACUUUACAGCCCUGCUAACAUGAUCUCGUAUGCAUCCACUAAGGCAUUCAUCAAUACCUUUUCUACCUCCCUUCGCGUUCUGGCGGCUCCAUGUGGGGUCGACGUCGUGACCGUUCAACCCGGAUUUAUCGAUACGCGUAUGACAAAAAUGAUGCGCGGCCAGGGAAGUACCGUACCUGGUAGAGAGUUCGCCAGUGCUGCAGGAAUGGCCAAAUGCAUGAAGGAUGCUGUUGAACAUGGUGGUGUCGGCGUUGUCAGUUGGCCUGUCCGACAGAGCGUGCAAAUGUACGCUUUGAAAGCCGUGAACCCUAUUUGCGAGGAGUUCGGGAAGUGGGCUUCGAUGAAACUGGGGAUGUCUGGUAAAAAGAUAACAUAA